AUGGGUUUAAAAAAAAAAAAAAAAGUCUCCACGAUGCGGCAUUUCCGUGUCAGGUUCGGUACCAGAAAUUCCGCGGUUCACCGUGGCCGAACGCCCGUCCAGAAUACGCUAAAUAGGACCUACAACAUUCCCUACGCCUUCUUUUUUGGUAAUUUCGAAAUAAGCCUCCAAGCUCCAGGAACGGCAGCCAUAGAAGGUACCUCGCGAGUCGACCAUGGUUUUGCCUCGGAGUGGAAAAAACAAUGUUUUACGGAAGUGUCGGUGGAGAAGGAGUGUUGCGCCUCGUCUCCGAAAUGCAAAACAGAAGGGGUGUAG